AUGCCUGCCAUGCGGAUCUACACCAACUCCGAGGCCACACGUCUGGCCCGCGGUGGAGUCAUGGAGUUCAUUCUGGCCAACCACCCACUCGACUGCCCCAUCUGCGACCAAGGCGGGCAGUGCGACCUCCAGAACAACGCCCUUGAUUACGGUUACCAGGUCUCUCGGUUCGACUAGGAAAAGCGGGCCGUGGAGGACAAGAACUUUGGCCCGCUGGUGGUCACCCACAUGAACCGCUGCAUCCACUGCACCCGCUGCAUCCGCUUUUCCGAGGAGGUCGGAGGCUACCAUGAUUUAGGUACGACCGGGCGAGGCCGGGCCACCGAGAUAGGCACCUACGUGUAAAAGAUGCUGCAGUCCGAACUGUCAGGCAACAUCGCAGACGUGUGCCCAGUAGGGGCUUUAAACCAUGGACCCACAGCUUACUCAGUCCGGCGCUACGAGGUCCAGAGCAAGCCCACGAUCGACAUCCUGGAAACGCUGGGCUCAGCCAUCCAGGUGGAAUACAAGGGCCAGGAAGUCAUGCGGGUCAACCCUGCCGUCCACUAGGAAAUCAACGAAGAGUGGCUCACCGACAAGUCCAGGAACUCUUAUGACGGGCUCAAAAGGCAGAGAAUUACCGUGCCCCUGCAGCGGGUCGGCGGCGAUUUCCAGGAAAUCGGCUGGGAAAAGGCCCUGAACCUGGCCUCCCAGAAGAUUAUGGCUGUCAGGGGCGAUGAGAUUUGCGGGUCAGUAGGUGAGCUUUCGGACUGUGAGACCCUGACCGCCAUGAGGGACCUGGUGUUCCGCCUGGGUGGAGAGUGCUUCGAGUUCAGGCAUGACUACCGCCUGGAAGUUUCAUCCGAUUUCAAAGCCAACUACGUGAUGAACUCCAGCAUCCAGGGCAUCGAGGACACCGACCACAUCCUGCUCGUGGGCUGCAACCUGCGCGCCGAGUCACCUCUGCUCAACGCGAGGGUGCUCAAGGCCAUUUCCAAGAAGAAGUGUAAGAUCUCCUCGAUCGGCCCCUACAACGACCUGACCUACGAGCACAACCAUCUGGGCAGCAACUCCAAGAUCCUGGAGGAAAUCCUGGCGGGCGAGCACCCCAUCUCCGAGGAACUCUCGGGCGCGCAGAUGCCGAUGCUGAUCCUCGGGCAGGACGUGCUGACCAGAGUGGACGGACAGGCGAUCCAGGCCCUCUGCCGCAAGAUCGCCAACAAGUUCGGGAUCAUCAACCCCGAGAAGCGGUGGAACGGCUACAACGUCAUCCAGCGGCACUCCGGCAUUCUCAACGCCCUGGAGCUGGGACUAAAUCUGCGGCGCGUCUGCGAAAAGCCCAAGGUGCUCUUCCUCCUCUGCGACAACAACAUCGAGAAGCGAGACAUCCCUGAAGACUGCUUCGUCAUCUACGUGGGGUCGCACGGGGACGAGGGUGCUUCCUAUGCGGAUUUGGUGCUGCCCGGCUCCACCUUCAUGGAGAAGAGUGGCACUUACCUCAACCUGGAGGGCCGGGUGCAGCUGGCCAACAAAAUUGGAGCCCCGGGCUACGCCAAGUAGGACUGGGAGAUCUUCAGGGCGAUCAGCGAGUGCUGCGGGGUGUCGCUGCCCUACUCCUCGCAGGAGGAGCUCAGGGCAAGGAUGGCCAUGCUGUCCCCCCAUCUGCUGAGGUACGACCGAGUCGAGCCCACCAUCUUCGGCAAGUUCUCAGAGCGCAGCGUAACCGAGGGCGAGGUGCUGCGGACGCCCCUGCAGGACUUGAUCGACAACUACUACAUGACGGAUGCAGUGACCCGCUCGAGCGUGGUGAUGGCGAAAUGCUCGAUCGCCUUCAACGAGUAGAAAUACACCAACUUCAAGAAGCUCAUCAUGUGA